AUGGACUCUGCAGAUGGCGUUGCGUGGCAAGUGUUCCCCAGAAUAGCCUAUGAGCUUACAACAGGAAUACGGUGCUCCGAGCUACCAUGUAAGGUAGAACUUUACGCGCUUGUACCGGAGGAGGUACGGCUAGGGACCACUGGACCCAUGAGUUCUUUCCUAGAAGACAAGAGCUAUUCAUUGUGGAGGUGGUUCUACAACUGCGCCGCCAAAAAUAUUCUGACCCGCAGAAAAGAGAAACCUCUGUCGCUCAGAAUUUGCGCUUCCCCUACAUCCUCGACAGAAGUCCCCAAGUACUCAGGAAUGGCAACGUGUUGCUCGAUGCACCACAUAAACCACGUACAGGGGUCGCUGGAACUCAGUCAGAACACAUGUGAGAUUGAGCUUGAGGCAUCAUACGCCUUCCGGGAGUGGCUUGUUCGAGAGACAGGCCAUUCAGACUUUCAAGCAGACUGCCUCGAGCGAGAGGCAAAAGUUGCCGACAAGUAUAUACAAGCGAUUCAAGAAAGGCUCAAGAAAGUAAAGAUGGCUCGUUCCGUUUACAGCAUGGACCGACAGGAUUUCUCUGCGUUUAUCCCUGAAGAUGCUAUCGCGUCUAGUGUUAUAACCCGCGUGGAAAGUGAACUGCAGGCGUUGGACAUUCAGGAACUGCUGACGCCUUAUCCCGUUACGCCACCUCUCGCAACGGAAGAUGCAGAACCUCAAGCAGAAGAACAAGCAGCAAGCCGGCCCUCACACAGCGAGCGCGAGCUGGAAAAAGUGCAUCCCGAAAGAAUCGAAUUUUUAACUUUCAUAUUCGAGUCAUGCCUGUUUGCGGCGAAUCGCGAAGCUUGCAAACUUGAUAGUAACAAUGUCCCAAAGGAGGGGAUUCCAAGUUGGCACACACCUCCCAUAAGUCGCCCUGAAGCGGUUGACAAACCACGACACAACUUGUCUCUGUUCCUCAGUUUCUGUGGACUUGUCCAUCCUCUGCAAAAGGGCACGGUAAUGCCAGAUUGCCUCAGAAGGAGAGAAGUGCGUCGAAGCCGUCAAGCACCCAGAGAGAAGAGAGAGACUGAAGUGAAAGACGAACUAAGGAAAGCGAGAGCACAGGAAAAAUCGAAAUUGAAAGAACCCUCCAACGUCUCCCCCGAAGUGGAAAAUUAG